AUGGUGAAGGAUCCAAUCACCGAGUCUGCAAAAACCUCAUCAUCAAGAGCUGCUGACGAUACUAUACCAGUGGAAUCAUCAUCACCGCAAAUGGAAAUGUCAUCGCCAUUGAGAGCACCUUCUCAGCAACCCAACACAUUAUCAAUGCAUCAUGACAAGACACAUUAUCAUGAAUUCAAUAACAAUAGUAACAACGAAUUUGACCCCACACUUCAACAAUUUAAUCAAAACCUGCUACUAUAUCAAUUAAUGAGGUUUGAUAAUACACCUGAUAUACCUUUUCCCCCGUCUGUACACCCCCAUGGUAUGCUCAACAGGCUUGCAACUAAUGAGCCUCUUUUACAUCUGCAUUAUCAGCAGUAUGCUUUCGGUUCAGGCAUGCCCCAGCUACAACCUAGUGAACAGAAAACAUUGCAGGCCCAACGAGAAGCUUACCAGGAAAUCAUUGCACAGCAAAACGAAGAGCUACAUCGCCAGUAUCCAUCGAGUGUACCUUCACAAUUUCCAGUGCCCAAAGGUGAAAUUGCAUUAUCCCAAACAAACUCUGCCAUUUCAUUGAAUGAUUUAGACAGAGACAAUAGCAAUCGCAACACCGCCACUCAAGCCAAUUUUUAUCAAGGGAAUGAGACAUCUGGAAGUUUCUACGGUGAUGACGCAACUGAUCAAAUCCCAUUUUCAGCGAACGAGUCAACAACCACCUUUUUGAACAUUCUUGACCCCAAUCAAUCAACAGAUGCUGUAUAUGAAUCAGUAGCUAGUGAAUUCAGCAUCUACAAUGAGUAUGAUGCUACCAAUGCUUCAACUGAUUCGCUUCAUAAUUUCACUCAAACAACGUCUGGCCGUGCUCGUCUGUACCAACACCCCAGUAUCAAUAAGGACUUGUCGCAUUUACAGUUUCUCGAUGUAGCAUCUCAGCGUCGAUUUCAAAGUGUCAAUUAUCCACCUAUUAACCAAACCACCCAAUCAUUGGAAACACAGUCUUUCAUGACACAUCAAAAUAUGCAGUCUAUGGCGGUACAAGACACAAAUAUGGACCUAUCGGCGACACCAACGUUUUCUGAUAUUUCAAGCUUCACUUCCAGUGCUUCACUCCAUCAUCCAAUUGCAACCACUAGCUCCUCAAUGAACACUUUUGACCCCAGCCUCUCCAAUGACGCAGUGCCUACAGCCACCAUCAAGACGCCAGUUCGUGCAUUGAACAGUCCCUUGGCAAAUGCUGCCAUUGGCGCAUCUUCAACUAGUCAUCACAAAAUUUCUAAAAAACCAUCAUUGUCAAGAUUGAAAACAACAUCAAGAAAGAAUUUGAAGCACAUUCCCGGUGCUAUUGUUUCAUUGGAGGGUAACAAAGCUAUUUCAUCAACAAGUCCAUCACCAUCAACAGUUUCUGCAAGAUUAGAAACAUCAAAACAGGAUGCCCAAGCUUUUACAAAUGAACCCCAUUUGCAAGAAAAUUCACCAAUCUCAAUAAAUGAAUUCCCUUACCUAAGAUCUCAAUCGCAGCCACAAUCACAAGCACAGCCACCGCAUCAACCACAACCACACCUAUUAAGAACAUUUUCAAACGCAUCACCUAGCUCAAUGGCUGUUGCUUCAACUGGUCGUCCAAGCGUUUUGACCACUCCAACUAGCGCCGGCAAUUGUCCCAGAAGUGCCAAUGUGUUUCGCCAAGAUUUCGGUCCUACAACUGCAAUUGCAUCCUCUUCCAUGUUAUCACCAGGUGUUCCCUUUUCGCUGCCCAACGCAGAAUUACUCCAUAGACAAGAACUUUGGAAAAAGAACUACAGUUUGAACCACGGAACACAAACUGGCAGGUCCAAUGUAACCAAGAGGAAGAUUCAAAGAAAAAAAAGUCUGAAACUUGUGCACGGUUUGACUAAGGUGGAUGACAAUGACGUUCUCGACCCAAAGGUGAAACCAAAUGACCAACGAGAUCCAGUUUUAGGAGUUCAGCAAUCUACAAGGUCAGCACUGCAAGGCAACGCCAUGGGUUUCAAUUCCGAUGUCAGCAUAGAUAAUAACGAUGGUGUGGAAGUUGGCGAUUCCGUUGGAUCAGAUUUCGGAAAGGCAACACUACAGCCAACACAAGGCAAAGCUAACAAACUCAGAAGGUCCAAAUCGACGCCGUUAUUGCCAAACACUACAAGUGAUUCGGGAAUCAAUAAGGACCAACCUGUGAAGAAAAAGUACACGAGAAGAAGGUUGCUUCCUAGGUCAAAAAAGGGCUGUUGGAUCUGUCGUAUCAAGCACUUGAAAUGUGACGAAGUUAGACCUUCGUGCGGGGCUUGUGUCAGGUUCGGAUUGACUUGUGAUUACAGCCCUACUAAACCUGAUUAUGUCACUGACAAAGAGUUGAGGCAGAAGAAAUUGAGUGAGAUAACAAUCACCAGGAAACAAAACCAAGCUUUGGAUAAAGGGCUAAGCAAAAAAGGAGGUUAG